GUGCUCGAGGAGCGAACCUACUAACCAUGUGAGAAUGAGUAAAGCUGGUGUUUUGUUGUCAGAAGUGAUAUCGCCCGAUUAAGAUGUGAAUGUGGGCCAGGUGUCGCAAAGAUACGGCGAUGAGUUAUCGGGUAAGGGGCCGGAGGCUCGGGUGCUGCGGUGACACACGUGGCGGUAGCGUCAUCGUCAUGGAUCUCAUGUUCCAAUAAACCAGAGAAAUGCAGUCGUCCACGAUCAUCGUUCUCGCAUGCCUGGUGGCCGUGGUGGUGGCGGGGGCCCACUACGAGCGAUACCCGGCAGUGGAGGCGCUACAAGAACCCGAACAGGUCCAGGAGGCUCUUUACGACACCCCCGAGCUCGAGAGGAGUCACAGGACCAAACGGGGCCUUCUACUCUUGAAAAAGAAAUUGCUGCUUGGUGCCCUUGGGCUGAAGGCGGCCAAGAUCGGCGCGGUCGGCGCGGGAGUGGCCGGCGCCAUCGCGCUCAAGAGCAAGCACAAGUCAGUACCCACCGUCAGCGUCGUCAGCGCCGGUCAUCACGGCCAUUCGUAUUCCUAUAACAGCUGGUCCGGUUAGUCGCGCCGUGCAAGUUUUCUGAUGUCGCCUCAAGCGUACUCCAGAAAAACGAGAAGAGCAUCUUAAGUAAUUAGCUAAGUUGUGUACAUUUUGUGUUGUUUGUUGGAACAUGAAUAGGUAAUUUCAAUGAGUAUUAAGUUUUGUCGCGGAUUUGUAAUACUCUAAAGUUGAACCGUGGUUGUAUCAUAACCGAUGUAACGAAUAUUUGGUCAAAUUACAGCACCAGAGUUUUUAAUAGGGCCUUCGGUUUUUGGGCGAAAAUUGACUCAAUCGAAAAUAAAUGUACGUACAUUGACUUGUCCGUCGUCUGAAAUCAGGAGAUUCUUUUGAAAACUCGUACACUGUAUCAUACCAGUGCCCUUGCUUAAUAUACAUACUACGGUUCUUAGAAAGUCUCGUUGAAAUGUUGUUUCUGCCAUAUUAUCUGAAAAUAAGGUUUAAAUUUUGAAAGCUGGUCGAACAGACUGAUACGAACUUAUCACCAGGCUACAACUGUUUGUAAUUAAGGUUUUGGGCGUUUUCUAUAAUAUUUAUAGCAAGACGCUGAGCUUUUACUUCUAGUAAUUUAGUGUUACAAUUUGUUUGUAUAAAUAAUUUCAUUAUA